UUCUUGAACAGAAUUGUCUAGUUGAAAAAUUAAUUUUUAGAUUUGAAAUGAAUUAGGAUCACUUAGUUUGCCGAUGUAAAAACAACAUAUGUGUGUAGUUAGUAAAAUAAAUAAAAAAGUUACAAUUUGAGUCUCUUCUAACUUAGAACUGGUUAUGGGGCCAGUAGUGGUCAAAAUAGAUAUUUCAAUUUCAAUUUACUAAGACCGGUAUCAAUGUUCAGCUCUAUGCGAAUUAUUGCAAGCUUACCACUAUAUUUUUGUUUAUUUUAACCUGACUACAGAAUCUUUAUUUAUCUAACGAAAGGAAAGGGCACGCCGCUUGGUCGCUCAUAUUUUCACAAUGUAUAAAUCUUGAAAAAACAAGCAAGACAGGUAACUUCAUUAAAUAAAAUUUGGUAAACUUUAAAAACUCUCUUUUACCCUCAUAUGUAACAGUAUGUUAAAUUUAACAAAUGAGAAGAAAACAAAAAUAUCUAAAAAUUUAUAUUUUAUUUUUUAACACUAAUAACAAAUUCUUCGUGCAUUUAUUUUUUAAUCAAUAAAAUUUUAAUCGUAUAAAUUAAUAAAUGUAAUUAUUUAACUUAAUUUAACGUAAAAUCUUGGUCUAAGUUCGUGUUCCUCAGUCACUCGAACCAGCCCAUUUUGCCUUAGGUGGCGCCCUUCAAAAAAAACUUUUAUUUCCUCUCCACAUGAACACAAAAACCGGGAGCUGCCGGAGCUGUGCCUUAUUUAAGGUCACAUUUUACAGAGGAAUAUACAGUAGUUUAUAUUAAAGUUUAACUCAAAAUUAUAUUAACUUGAACUAACUUAUCAUUUAUUUAACUUUGGCGGUUUGUGAGGUGGUGUCAGUUAUCUUUGAUGGGAACUCGUGUGGCGGAUUACCGGACCCUUCAACUAGGUCAGGUAGCAGCGGGUAGCAGCGAUUAUGUAAUACCGAUUAUGGAAUUCGUGCGCAAGUGUCCUGUUGCCGAUUUGGGGACGGAAGUACCUGACAGAGGGUAGAGUAAGGAGCGCAUGAAAGUUGCAGCGAUUGCUACCUCUUUUAUGAAAGCUGCAGCGAAGGCAGAAUUUUACCUGAUCAAGGGUAUGAUACAUUGCAGCGCUCAUUUCCGCCAGUAGGUACUUGAGGAGUAAAUACCUCAAGGUAUCAUUAAGGAGAAAUUGUUCAAAGUCUAAUUAUUUUGUUUACUACUUAAAACAGUAUUUUACAUAGCAUUUUACAACAUCACCAACGUGUUACCAAAUCCUAAUGCGGUUGCCAUCAAAAAAAUUUCAAUCCGUACUGCCCAUUUUACAAUUUCUCCCUUCCAGUUUUACACAAAAAUGGUGGGGGUUGUUAGGAAUUUCACAAAAAUAUUGAAAGGUAUAAUCCGAUAUUCUAAUUUCCAAUAAGAACCCCGUAAGAAAGACCGUAGGCUGUCUAUAACCCCCUUUAACGAUUUAGGGAAUUUCCGUAAGUGAAUCAAUGAAGCGAAAUAGAAAUUUUAUUUAAGUGGAUUCUCCAGGAAUUUAGGAUAACACUGUAUAAAUGUAAUAUAGUUAAACGGAUUUUAGGAAUAGUACAUUCCCUAAAGUAAAAUUGCCUUUGGUUUUUCAAUAUGGUAGCAAAUUCUUUGAUAAUGUCGGUAAAUCACUAUGCUCACAAACUAAAUUAACAAUACACGUGAAAAUGAUUUUAAAAUUGUUGAUGACAAUCAUAGUUGAUAGUUCUGCAAUUACCCUGCUCAAAAAAAGUUAAUAAAUUUUAAUUUUAAUCAUUUUAACAUCAAAAAAAUUCGAUCACUUUUGUUGGUAAAGAUUAUUAAUAAAAAAAAACUUGCGUUUUUUGAUACGUUUUUCGCACUUACAAGUGUUUCAAUAUUUAUCUUUAGGGUCAAAUUAACCGUUUUGUAUAUAAUAUGUUACUUACAACUCUCGUUAUGUAAUAUUCUAUUAUUUUACUUUUGUGAAUAUUGUAAAUAAAAUUGUUUCCUUCCCUGGUCUGUGUAAUAUGAAUAAUUACGAGUACAGCUAAUGCAAUCGCGCUACUACGAGAGCCGCGGUAAUCGCUGAUAACUUCGGGAGGAACUCGGCUAUUGAUAAUGGUUUUGCAGGUAGGUAAAGAAGUAACCGCCGGGAGGAACUCAGAUACGCCCGUUUACUUGAUUUAUUAUCUAAUUUUUCAAAAAGAAUUGUAGGAAAACAUUUCCUUUGGUUUUUACAAUGAGUUAAAAACACCAGUUUAAAAGUGUAUUAACAUUGGCAACAUUUAGUAAUAUGUUAGCAUGGUAAUACUUUUGGUUAAUAUUUUUCUAAACGUAUAAAAAUGGAUGUACUUGUACUGCGGUGCCAUUUUUUCUUUUUGAUUUUAGCCAAACGGAAGGUUUUGUGAUUUUUUUUAAUCGAAAAUAGUGUUCUGUAUAGCUCCAUCUAGCUGCUCUUAAAAGCCUAUUCGCGACUUUUGAGACAGCCUAUAUACUCUGCAGGAUUCGUAUUCAAAUACACGACCGAGAAAAUGUAAAGUGCGUAACAAUUGAACAUAAUUAAAUGUGUAUAAAUAUAGGUGACAUAGUCACUUUUCAUGUGUUUGCUGCAAGUCGAGUGAAGAUUAUAGUUAAUAUGUAUUAUCAUCAUUAUUAUUACUUUCUCAAAGUUAAAUUUCGUUUUAACUUAAGUAUAAACAGUGCAUUAGUAUACAAAUUAGUCAUUUUAUUUAAAAACCUGCAUUAUUUUGCUUGAUUGUAGUAAAAAAUACAGGGUGUUUACGGUCUUGGAGUUGAAACUUAAAGGGAAUGAUAUGAAUGAUAGAAGAACUCCAGAACAAUAUAUAAAAUGAAAAUCCCCAUUAUAGCGAAAAAUCAUUCAAUUUACAUUAUUUGUUUGUAAACUGCUACUUCGACUACAACAAUUACUAUUACCUUAUGCUUUGCUCUAAGUCCGCGCAGAUUGGACUGUCGUUAUCAAUGGAAAAUUCCAAACGCUUCAUUACACCCUUAAUAAUAGAAUAAAAACGAUGAGACUUCUUGAAAGACCGAUAAUAGUAUAUUAUGAUAAGAGUUUUAUAAGACGCAUUUUGUCGCACGCAUGGAGCAAGUGCGACAAAAUGCCUUAUAAACGACAUAUCAUACAGUAGUUUUUCUACUUCGCACAAUUUGUACCAAAAAAUUAAUUUCGAACAUUAGGGAAUUUUGUGGCAGUUGACAGCAGUUGUGCGCAAACCGUGAAAUGAACUUAAUAAUUUAUUUUGGAUCGUCAUUAGUUUAUUCGUACAAAUGUAUUCUAAAAGGGUCCAAGAGGUUUUGCAAGAUACAAAUACUUGCUUUUGUGGCAAAUACGUGGAAUUUGAAAAUUGGCCUAAGGAUAAUGAGAUCUCAAAUUACUUACUUGCUCUGGUUUUUGAAGGUAUAUCUGCACAUUACUCGAAAGGUGUUCGAAAGGGCCACAUAUCAGGAAUGGUACAAGAUUCAUAUUUGAUUAAUUUGAUUAAAUUAUGCUUUUGAAACAGGUGCGUAUUGACACUGACAGUUCUCUGAGAUAAUUGUCAAAAAACUAGGAUGUCAACAUUAUACAACUAAGUUACCCUGGUUUUUAGAGUAAUUGUUAUAGCACUCCGUUGGAUAUUACGAUACGCAAAUCGCGUAUCGUAGUGACCUCGGUACGAAACCGAAGUAGAAAAAAAAUCUUUCUAUACAUUUAUAAGUGGCAUACUUUAGACUUAUAAUAAUUUUGCAUUUUUAAAAAAUCGGAACUUUUAGACCCGCUCUCCCCUGGAUUAAAAACGUUAAUAAACAUAUCAUUUUGGAAUAAUUUUAAUACGCAAGGAAUCAAUAUUUAAAAUAUUAUUUUUAAAAUUUGAUUUGUCAAUUUGUGAUAUAGGUUGGCUAAAAUUCCAUAGGCACAGCCUGCUCUAAUUCAGUUCAUUUUUGAUCUCAUGUUGUUACCUCCCUAAAUAUUUUAAUUUUUUUUAACACAAGGAAAAAUAAAAAUUGAGCUAGGCUAUAUUUUGUUAGAGGCUUUUUUGUCGGUUCCGACAAUGUCAGUUCGCCACCAGAUUUGGAAUAAGCUCUAUCUAUAUUAUAUUCCCAUUCAAAAAAUGGAUUUUCGAUCAAAGCAUUUUCAAACACAUAAACGCCUAAUUUUAUUAUCAGCGCGUUCCAGAAAGAUUGUAAAGGACAAAUUUUAAAAAAUCCAGAAACCCUUUUUCAUAAAUAUUGAAUUUACCAAAAAUUAUACGGCUUGAAUGCUUGACAUCAAUUAUAAAAUUACGAUACUUAUUUCUUUUGACACCAUAUUUAUGGAAUUCCAAAAAAGAAACGAAUUGCAUUACAUGGAGAAAUGAAACACGUACAACUUAGAGAUAAUUGAGUUUUUACUGUAAUGCUAUUUGUUUUAUUAACAAAACAAAUUGUAAGUACUUGUUACUGUAAUUAGUAAACGAUCAAUAAAUAAUAAACCCAAAACGCAGUCACUUUUACUUUAUGAAAUGUACUCCCUUGUAGCAACUCCUAUUUGUUUAAAAUGGAUUUAUAUUUUGUUGGGUAUUGACCAGAUUUCCACUUCGGGUUGUUUGAAACUUGCAUAUUUGCCUUACUAUUGUUUAUUCAUUUAUUUGUUUAUAAAUUACAACAUUAUCAACCAAUUUUCCAAUGACGGAAUUCUGGUAUAUGUUGACUUAAUCACAAACUACCAAAAUGUUCUUUUUGUAGUAGUUUAUUACUCUUCGUUUUGGAAAAGAAAAGACAAACUUAAAUUCCAAUUAAAUCUGAUAAAAAAAUUGAACCCAAAUUUUCACACUCAAGAAAACUGGAUUCGAUUGACCCUUAUUGGACUAUUCUUGUUAAAUGUUGCUUUUGUACCAUUCUUACUCAGUCCACCACAAGUUGUAUUCUAUAUUUACUACUAUGCUCUAAUUAUACAUAUUUUCGAUUGUCUUUUUUUGAACGAUGUUCUAAAUCCAAUUUUGGAUAAAUUCAAAACAAUUAAUUUACAGUUACAACGUCAGGUCAAAUCCAUCGAUCCAACACUUUUUUUAACCCGAAACAACUCAAAAAGAGUUAAAUUUUUGGAAGAGGAUGAUAUAAAUUCACUCAUGAAUAUCAUACACCAAUUAUCGCUACAUCACUACGAGUUGGUACAAAUUUCCCAAAAUGUCACCAAAAAUUUCGAAAUUACAACUUUAGUGGCCUCUUUAUUGUGGUUCAAAAACAUGAUAGAAACCGUCUAUUACCUUCUUUUUGUGAUGGUGAAUGGGACAGAUCGACCCAUUGUCCAUUAUGGGUGCAAUAUCACGUUUUUGGUUUUACAUUUGUAUUGGUUAUUCGUUGUGGUGAGGAUCUACGUUCGAGUUAAGAAUGAAGCGAAUCAAAGUGCAAGUUAUAUUCACGAAAUUUGGAAUAAAUACGCGGUUAAACGAGUAGUUGACAGAAAAAUACGAUUUUUGCAAUUGAUAGUAGUGCAGUUUUAUGCCACGAAAUUGAAUUUUACAGCUUUCGAUGUGGUUUCCUUAGACUGGAGUUUUUGUCAAAUGGUAAGAAACAGUUUUGAGGCAGAA